UGCUGCUGCCAAUGUAUUUUGUCAUUUGGAUUAAGCAUCGCCCAAACAUCCCUCUGCUCCACUUAAAGGGCCUCUGAAUCGUUUUGUGAUUUUGUUCAUUUUCUCGUCAUUGUUGCGGUGCGCUAGCAGAGAUGUCGGUGUUUGUUGUUUUAUGGCAGGUGUUGUGUUUGUCCGUGUGUUUGGGCUUUCGGGCGGCCCCUCAGCCCUGCCCCGCGCCGCUGCAGUGGGAGGGUCGGACGGUUGAAUAUGAUCACGGCACCGGGAGAAACACACGGGCAGCGGUCUCUUAUGACGCCCAGAACCAGAGAAUCAGGGUCCUGGAACAGAAGACUGGACACACACCAUGCAAGAAGUUCUUUGAGUACAUCUACUUGUUCAAAAGUGGAGUGCUAUUCCAGAUUGAGGAAAUUACAAAGCAGUGUGUAAAACUCGCUCUGACGGAGGCCUGGGACCCUUUUGAUAUACCCCUCAACUCUACGUACGAGGACCAGUACUUCAUUGGAGGACCUGGAGAUAUGAUCGAGGUCCAAGAGUGGUCUGAUCGCAAACCAGCUCGCAAAAAUGAAGCUUGGGUUGGUGUGUACACUUUGAAAGACUGCUAUCCUGUGCAGGAGACGUACACCAAAAACAGCAGUGUGACCACAUCCACUCGCUUCUUUGACCUUCAGCUCGGCAUCAGUGACCCAGAGGUGUUCAAUCCACCCAGCACCUGCCUGUCUGCUCUGUCUGAGAGGAUGACAUCUGACUGCUGAAAAUCAAUGUCUGCUCAGCAUUAAAUAACAUAUGGCUCUGCAGUAGAUCAUCCAUAAUAAAUAGAUGGCUUUCAAAUAACUAGUAUUACACUGACAAAGAGCACAUGGAAUGAGUGCAGAUACUGUUAAAUGCUUUGAAAUAAACCAGGAUUGUUCAUUUUAAGUUUCAUAGUUCUUGAUAAUUUAUAGUGUGAAGUGUGCCUCAUAUCUUAUGAAGCCUGAUUUUUAAUGCACAGGGUGGACAAAUCUAGUACUUUUUGUUCUUUUUUUUUCUUUUUUAACAGUUAAUAUUCGGUCCUAGUUAUUUUAUUUAGCAUUUAAAGUGAUAUGUCACACCAAAAUGAAAAGGUUUUCACUAUUUACUUAUCCCUAUGGUUUCAAACCUUUAUGAGUUUCUUUCCACUGUUAAGGAAAAAUUAUAUAUAUAUUUCUUUUAGGAAAAGUGUAAACUUGACAUUGACAUUUUUCAAAAUAUCUUCUUUGUGUUUAACAGAAGGAGAAGAAGCUUUUAAAGGUUUAAAACAAGUAAAGGGUGAGUUAAUGAUGACAGAAAUGUAUAUUUUUGCGUGAACUUUCUCUUUAAUUGGGUUUAUUACACUAUUGAUGCUAUACUGUUUAUUUUAAAAUGCUGUUUUAUAUCUGCAGAAAGCUUAAUAAUUUGAUUUUCGUUUGAAUAAAAUUGUUUACCUAACUUCCACAUUGUUUGAGAAAAUCAAUUUAACAAUGGAUACCUUAUAUCAGACAGUUAAUCAAGACCUUAUUGGGUGCAUCGGUUAUUUGUUGAUAAAUGAAAGCAGUAGUCUGUGUCCUUAAUAAGAUUAGUUUUAAGCCAUGCUAUUGUUUCCAUAUCUUGAUUAACUUAAAAGUAUACAAAGGCUAAAAUAUACAAAAGUAUCUGGAUGCAGACAUGCAAUCUCAGGCACAGUGCACUCAAUGGAGCUAGUGACAUCAUUGUGAAGAGCAAAG